AUGGAGCUCGACUUUCCGACAAACCCGGACGAGUUCAACAACGACGAGCGCAUUUCCUUUUCCAAGCUCGACAACACGUUCAUCGCCGUGCACGACGAUGGCACCGAGUUCGAGUUCGACGCGGACCUGAAGCAGUGGCUCCCAACCGACCAGGACCUCUUGGAAGAGGUGGAUGAGCUUUGGGAUGGGGCAUCCUCCGCAGAGGCUGAUGAAGAUUUACAGAGGAAGCGAAAGCACUGGGACGCAGAGAAUGGAUCUGCAGGUCCCGAAUCGUCGGCGCCCGUGCGCCUCAAGAAGAAGCCAAAGCCUCCCCCCAAGCCUAAGCAAAACACGGCAGUCUAUGUCACCGGGCUACCCCUCGACGCGACCGUCCCCGAGAUCCACGAGCUCUUCUCCCGCAAGGGCGGUCUCAUCGCCGAGGAAAUCGACAGCCGCGCCCCGAGAAUCAAGCUGUACAAGGACGAGGCCGGCAACUUCAAGGGCGACGCGCUGGUCGUCUUCUUCAAGCCCGACAGCGUUCGGAUGGCCAUUAUGCUACUGGACGAGACGGAUUUUCGAUUCUUGUCCAGUGGCAAAGGGGAAGGGAAAAUGCGUGUCCAGGAGGCUGAUUCUAGCUACAAGAAACAAAAGGAGGCCCGCCGGCCGAGGAACGACAAGGACCGACAAAAGGUCAUCAAGAAAACGCAGAAGCUGGACGCCCGACUGGCUGACUGGAGUGACGAGGAGGACGACCGGUUUCCCGCCUUGGGGGGGCACGAUUCGAAGCGUUUGAGGACGGUAGUACUUCGCCAGAUGUUCAGGAUAUUUGAGAUUGAGGAGGAUCCGGCAUCUUUGCUCGAGAUCAAGGAGGAUAUCCGGGAGGAGUGUUCCAAGCUAGGAAUCGUUACUAACGUGGUGCUCUACGAUCAGGAGCCGGAGGGAAUCGUCACAAUCAAGUUUCAAAACGCUGAGUCCGCCGCGGCGUGCGUUGACGCCAUGAACGGCAGGCCCUUUGACGGCCGCAUUGUCGGAGCGUCUCUUGCAACCGGCAAGGAAAAGUUUAGAAAGAGCGGCUCGACAAACAACGAUGAAGAUUCCGACUAG